AAGUCCUCCCCUGGCCGACCGGGAAGUAGCUGAAGACUGGGCGAUGGCAGUUCUGGAGGCCUCCCUCCGGGGCAGACCCGACGCCACGGUGCCCCCACGGUAGACCGGACCACGGUGGCGGGCACCGGGUUCCAAGGGAUGGAGGGGUCUAAAACGUCCAGCAGCACCAUGCAGGUGAGCUUCGUGUGCCAGCGUUGCAGCCAGCCCCUGAAACUGGACACGAGCUUCAAGAUCCUGGACCGUGUCACUAUCCAGGAGCUCACAGCUCCAUUACUUGCCACAGCCCAGGUGAAACCAGGAGAGACCCAAGAGGAAGAGGCUAACUCAGGAGAAGAGCCAUUUAUUGAAACUCGCCAGGAUGGUGUCUCUCGCAGAUUCAUCCCCCCAGCCAGUCCAUCCAGGCCAACCUUCGUGCUGAGUGCCCCUGUGGAAGACCAGCAUGGCCUUCCCUUGGGAGAGAGGAUGAUGUCCACAGAAAGUGCCAACAGCUUCACUCUGAUCGGGGAGGCAUCUGAUGGCGGCACCAUGGAGAACCUCAGCCGAAGACUGAAGGUCACUGGGGACCUUUUUGACAUCAUGUCAGGCCAGACAGAUGUGGAUCACCCACUGUGUGAGGAAUGCACAGAUACCCUUUUAGACCAGCUGGACACUCAGCUCAACGUCACUGAAAAUGAGUGUCAGAACUACAAACGCUGUUUAGAGAUCUUAGAGCAAAUGAACGAGGAUGACAGUGGACAGCUACAGAUGGAGCUGAAGGAGCUGGCGUUAGAGGAGGAGAGGCUGAUCCAGGAGCUGGAAGACGUGGAAAAGAACCGCAAGAUAGUGGCAGAAAAUCUCGAGAAGGUCCAGGCUGAGGCUGAGAGACUGGAUCAGGAGGAAGCUCAGUAUCAGAGGGAAUACAGUGAAUUUAAGCGACAGCAGCUGGAGCUGGACGAUGAGCUGAAGAGUGUGGAAAACCAGAUGCGUUACGCCCAGAUGCAGCUGGACAAGCUGAAGAAAACCAACGUCUUUAAUGCAACCUUCCACAUCUGCCUGGAGGAGCCCUGUAUCCACCUCUGUAUGCGUCUCCAUUUUAGGUAUCGACUUGUUCCCUACGGAAACCAUUCAUAUCUGGAGUCUCUGACAGACAAAUCUAAGGAGCUGCCAUUAUAUUGUUCCGGGGGGUUGCGGUUUUUCUGGGACAACAAGUUUGACCAUGCCAUGGUGGCUUUCCUGGACUGUGUGCAGCAGUUCAAAGAAGAGGUUGAGAAAGGCGAGACACGUUUUUGUCUUCCUUACAGGAUGGAUGUGGAGAAAGGCAAGAUUGAAGACACAGGAGGCAGUGGCGGCUCCUAUUCCAUCAAAACCCAGUUUAACUCCGAGGAACAGUGGACAAAAGCUCUCAAGUUCAUGCUGACGAAUCUUAAGUGGGGUCUUGCUUGGGUAUCCUCACAGUUUUAUAACAAAUGACUUUUUUUCUUAGGGAGAUGUUUGCCUUAAAGGCUUUAAAUUUUGUUUUGUUUGCAAAAAAAAAAAAAAUGUUUUAAAUUAAAUUCGGGUACUAUUAACAGCACAUGUUUACAAUACCAAAACAGAAAAAAUCUACAAAAGCCACUUUAUUUCAGGAUAUCAUGUGACAGAUAGUUUCCAGGGCUACAAUGUGUCAUGUACAGCUAUCAGCCUUUGUCAUAGGUUUGACUCUUAACCCCAAACCUUCCUUUCCCUCUCUUCCCUCAAAACAACUAAUUUAAAAUUGUUUUUGUUUUUGUUUUUGUUUUGUUAACUGAGUUGAAUUGAGAUCAAUGUGUUUUCACUGGGUUUUAUCUCUCUCAACUUCCUGCACUUACAAUAUGAAAUAGAAACUUUUGUCUCCACUGAGACGACGAGAUGUGUGAGACGUACAGCUGGAUAACGUGAGAAAAUGACACAUAAGCUUUGGUCACCAGAUGAUGUGAUCAGAAGCUUGCUAUUUAACACUUGUCCUCACUUGCUUCCAGUGCUGAAUGCCUACUCUGCUCUCUGUUAGAGAUAUGAAAUGGUGUUUGAUAUUGUUUGAGACAUUAUGGAGAGAUUUAAUUAUUUGUAAUAAAAGAUUUACUGCAGUCUGAUAACUGCCC